AUGGCUGACCAACAGGCUAGUUUGCAAGAAAUCCUCGCGCGGCUUGGCGCUGCGCAAUCCGCUACACCCCAGCCUCCUCCUGGCGCGGGAGCUGGUCUGCCUGCCUAUCCUCCACCUCAACAGUACCCGAACGCUCCGCCGCCUGCUCCCUAUGGAGCGCCGAAUCCCUACUCUUACCCCCAACCUUCUGCCAGCGGCAGCGUUGACCUGUCCAAGGUGACACCUUACUCAUCCGGCGUCGUGCCAGGUCCAGGCGCUGCCGGCGACAGCUUUCAGGACGCCAUCGCAAAGGCGCGGAGUUAUGCUUCGAACCAUGGAGCAACCCCAUACGAGCGUCCUGCCAAUAGCUAUGGUAAUGAUCACCGUGGCGGGGCCUCGUCCGGCUAUCCGCGAUCACGCUCACGCUCACCAAGACGCGAUCAAGGGUACGGUCGCGACAACUACAACUCGUACCGCGACGAAAGACGAGACGACCGCGGACGUGACCAAGGCUUCGGUCGGGACCGCGAACGAUCUUUCUCUCCCCGCAGUCGUCGCCAGAACAACACCUUCUCACCUCGUGGCGGCCACGGUGCUCGCGAGCGCAGUCCAAUGGGCGGUGGCGGUGGCGACGACAACUCGGAGAUUAUGCAGAUCGAGGCAAGUCUUGUCGGUCUUAUCAUUGGCCGAGGAGGCGAGAACCUACGCCGUAUAGAGAACGACACGCAGUGCCGAGUCCAAUUCCUGCCUGCUGCCCCCACCGAUGGCGACCAUCGCCAAUGCAAGAUUUCCGGGCCAGCUUUCAGGCGUGCCGAGGCUAGGGCCGCUAUCAACCGCAUCAUUGACGACAGUGGCAUGGCACCCCUCAAUAGAGGUGGCGGCGGUGGUGGCUACAAUGCUGGCGGUAGAGAUCGUAACGCCGUGAUUGAGCCCAAGGAAGGCGAGGAGUGCAUUCAGAUCAUGGUCCCCGAUAGAACCGUGGGCCUGAUCAUCGGCCGUGGGGGUGAAACGAUACGUGAUCUUCAAGAGCGAAGCGGCUGCCACAUCAAUAUUGUUGGUGAGCAGAAGAGCGUCAACGGGCUGCGCCCGGUUAACCUGAUAGGUAGCAUGGAGACUACCACGCGCGCCAAGAACCUCAUCAUGGAGAUUGUGGAUAGCGAUACACGCAAUGGAGGUGCUCCCGGCGGUGGAGGUGGAGGACGACCGCAGUACGGGGAUGGACCGCCUGGCCGUGGCCAGCGCGGUGACCACAUGGGUGGCGGACCUGACAAGACGAACGAUUCCAUUUACGUGCCCUCAGAAGCUGUUGGCAUGAUCAUCGGCAAAGGUGGCGAGACUAUCCGUGAGAUGCAGAGCAGCACCGGCUGCAAAAUCAACGUCUCGCAGUCGUCUGGACCAAACGAAACCGAACGCGAGAUCGGGCUUGUCGGCAGCCUGGACGCUAUCGCAAGGGCUAAGCAGGCCAUCGAAGACAAGGUCGAAGCAGUCCGCCAGAAGAACAGCGGCGGCGGCGGUGGUGGUGGUGGAUACGGAGGACGUGGACGUCACCGCGAUUAUGAUAACCCGAAUUAUGGACAGGCAUCUAACCACAGCGCGCCAGCAGCUCAGAGUCAGCAACCUCCUGCAGUACAAGGUCAGCCGGCCGGAGCAGCUGCCGGAGCCGAUCCCUAUGCGGCCUAUGGUGGCUACCAAGCGUAUGCUGCCAUGUGGUUCCAGGCCAUGGCCCAAGCACAACAGCAACAGGCCGGUGAUGCUGAUAAGAAAACCGGCCCCCCUGGAGUUUAG